CUUUCUUCCUUUCUUUGCUUACUUUUUCUGCUCUCUUAGAAAACAAGUGAAAGUACAAUCCUCUCUCUCUCUCUCUCUCUCUCUCUCUCUCUCUCUCUCUCUCUAUAUAACAACACUUCUUCGACUUGUUCUUGCUUUUCUUCUUCUUCUUCGUAAGAGAAAUUUCAGUUCUUGAAACUUGCAUUCCAGCACAGAAGAAAGAAAAACAGGUAUAUGAUUGUACAUUAUGCAGCAUUGGUGCUGAAAGUGUAAACGCGAGUAAGUCUAUUGGAUGCAAUGUUGAAAAGAGUAGCGUUGUGGUUGUUGAUUUUAUCGUUCCUUGUUUCCUUAUCGAUUGCUAAUGGUAGCGUUAUUGAGUGUAAUUGUGAUGAUGAUGACGAUGAGGUAUUUUGGAGCGUCGAGAGAAUUUUAUUUUGCCAAAGACUCAGUGAUUUCUUUAUUGCAGUAGCCUAUUUUUCCAUUCCGAUGGAGAUAGUUUACUUUGUCAGCUGUUCUAACUUUCCCUUUAAAUGGGUGCUCUUUCAAUUCGGAGCAUUCAUUAUACUCUGUGGAUUAACUCAUUUCCUCAGUUUCUUGACUUAUUUUGGCCAAUACACAUUUCACCUUGUGCUUGCCCUUCUUGUUUCCAAACUCCUUACCGCAGUCGUCUCUAUGCUCACUGCUAUAACCCUUAUCACCCUCAUCCCUUUGCUGCUUAAAGUCAAGGUAAGGGAAUUUAUGCUGAAAAAGAAGACUCGGGAUCUUGGUCGAGAAGUUGGAAUAAUAAAGAAGCAAAAGGAAGCUGGAAUGCAUGUUCGGAUGCUUACACAAGAGAUCCGGAAAUCACUUGAUCGACAUACAAUACUAUACACAACUCUGGUUGAGCUAUCGAAGAUAUUGGAUUUGCAGAAUUGUGCUAUUUGGAUGCCUAAUGAGAACAGAACUGAGAUGAAUCUGAUGAAUCUGAGUCAUGAGCUUAGAGGGAGGAAUAUUUCCAGUAUGUAUAAUAUGCCGAUCCAAACCAGUGAUCCAGAUGUAAAAGAGAUCAAGGGGAGCGAUGUUGUAAAGAUACUUGACCCGGGCUCCCCACUUGCUGCUGCAAGUAGUGGAGGGAGUUGUGAGCCGGGAACUGUGGCUGCAAUUAGGAUGCCAACGCUGAAGGUCUCGAAUUUCAAAGGUGGAACGCCUGAGAUUGUCCCGCAAUGUUAUGCAAUCCUUGUUUUGGUUCUUCCUAGCGGAAAGGAUAGGUCUUGGAGUAACCAGGAAAUUGAGAUAGUCAGGGCUGCAGCCGAUCAGGUUGCCGUGGCUCUGUCCCAUGCUGCAGUGCUUGAAGAAUCUCAGCAUAUGAGAGACAGAUUGAUGGAACAGAAUCGAGCGCUGCAACAAGCAAGAGAGGAUGCUCUUAGGGCAAGUCAAGCAAGGAAUGCAUUUCAGACGGUUAUGAGCCAUAGGUUGAGAAGACCGAUACACUCAAUUUCAGGUCUGCUCUCCGUGUUGCAGGAUGAGAAGUUAGGUACUGAUCAACAGCUUCUUGUGGAUGCUAUGAUGAAAACCAGCAACGUCGUGUCCACACUGAUGGAUGAUGUGAUGGAUACUUCAAAAAAGGACAAGGUAAGAUUCCCAUUGGAGAUGCGGCAUUUUCAGCUACAUUCCAUGAUAAGAGAAGCCGCUUGUCUUGCCAAGUGUUUGUGUACAUAUAGGGGUUAUAAUAUAGGCAUUGAAGUUGACAAAUCUUUGCCUAAUCAUGUUAUGGGUGAUGAAAGAAGAGUGUUUCAAGUUUUACUUCAUAUGGUAGGAAAUCUUUUGAAGGGAAACAAUGGAGGGCAUCUUAUCUUCAGAGUUCUACCAGCAAGUGAAAAUGAUGUAAGUUGGAAAACAAGGAGAUCAAACUCAUCUACUGACAAUGUUUAUAUCAGGUUCGAAAUUUUAGCUAGCAUUAAUCGAUCUAAGGCAGAGCGCAUAAUAUCCACAUUACCUCAUUGCACUCAAAUGUACUGCAACAAUGAGGUUGAGGAGAGUUUGAGCUUUGCCGUUUGCAGGAGGUUGGUUCAUUUGAUGCAAGGAGAUAUCUGUGUAGUCCUAAAUCCAGAAGGUUUUGAUCAAUGCAUGGCUGUUAUUGUUGGGUUUCGAAGGCAGCCAUCAAUUCCUAUAAGCAUACCUGAAUAUGGGGAAUCCUCUGACCCUUCACAUACACGUUCUCUUCUCCACGGUGUAAAAGUUCUAUUAGCUGACUAUGAUGACAUGAAUAGAGGUGUAGCGAGGAAGAUGCUCGAGAAAUUGGGAUGCAUUGUUUCUGUUGUUUCGUCUGGAUAUGAAUGCCUCGGUGCUAUCGGCCCUGCUGUAUCCUCGUUCCAAAUUAUACUUUUGGAUCUUCACUUGCCUGAUGUAGAUGGCUUUGAAGUUACUAUCAGGAUCCGAAAGCAUCGAAGCAGGAGCUGGCCUUUGAUCAUUGGUUUAGCUGCAACUGCUGAUGAAGAUGUAAGUGGAAGAUGCCUGCAGAUCGGAAUGAAUGGAACUAUCCGUAAACCAGUACUCUUACCAGGACUUGCUGAUGAGCUUCAGAGGGUCCUGCUGCGGGCAAGCAGAGUAAUGUCGUGACAGUAACACUGCCUUGCAAUGGACGAUAAUUAGGCAAGGAACCUUUUUAAGGUACAAUGCUAGAUGUACAAAUAGAAAAGCAUAGAACUUUCAGCAUACUGAUGUUACAUACACACCUUGUAAGUCAAAAUGGUAUAGAAACUUUUGUCUUCUUUUCUUUUCAUAUAAAUCUUUAAGUUCUACAGCAUUUUGUUGCAGCA